AUGCCAGGAAUAACAGGCUGGCACCCGGGCGAAACCACCAUCCAAAGCAAACUCGGCCUCAGCAGCGCCGUAUCGCAAAGCUGGCGCGCAAUCGAGCCCCAGCUGCGCGAGCAGCACCGCCUCUUCCACACCUCCAACCUGCCCUUCAUCCCCAUGGCGGUCGUUGAUCGGGAGGGCCGGCCGUGGGCAGGGAUUGCGGCGGGCAAGGACGGGGAGAUUGGGUUUGUGCGGGGGCCGGAUUUGAAGACGUUGGUGAUGGCGGUUAGGAUUUGGAGGGGGGAGCCGUUGGGUGAGUUAUUGUCUGAUUGGAGUGAAGCAAGAAAUGGGAGGGAGUUGAUGGCCGGGUUGGGGAUUGAGUUUAGCACGAGGAGGAGGAAUAAGUUUGCGGGGUUUAUUCGGGAUGUUGUUCCUGGACAGGUUGAGGGACUUGAUUAUGUGCUUGAGAUGGAGGUGAAUGAGGCUGUAGGAAACUGCCCUAAAUACAUCAACACACGCCACUUCUCAGCACACCCACACACCUCCCCCAGUAUCACACACCAAGUCCAGCACAUGUCCCCAGACGAACGGCUCCCAUCAGCCGCAAUCGAAAUGAUCCUAUCCGCCGACACCGUCUUCCUCGCCACCCUCUCCAAACCCACACCAGAAACUACAUCGCAAUUCCCAGCACACGCCGGCAUGAACGCCCGCGGGGGGUUACCAGGCUUCAUGCGCGUCCUCCCCAGCGACGGCCGCACCGUCAUUCUCCCCGACUACUCCGGAAACAGAUUCAUGUCGUCGCUAGGGAACAUCGAGUCUAGCGGGCUUGCCGGGUUUACGAUUAUCUCGUUCGAGACGGGGGAUGUCCUCUACCUUACCGGGAAAGCGAAGGUGCUUAUUGGCGCGCCGGCGCUGGAGAUUAUGAGGCGCCAUGCUUCUGUUACUGUGCUUGAGACGACGGGGUAUACGCUUGUACGGGAUGCGCUUCCUGUGAGGCAGCGGCCAGGGUCGGAAGUCGGGCGGAGUCCGUAUAGUCCGAAGGUGAAGUACCUAGUUGAAGAGGAACUGGAGCAGGCGGGGGGAUCUGAGAGCCACAAGGCCCGUCUUGAGAGUGCGGUGCGGCUGUCAAGCGAUCUAGCGGUGUUGCGGUUCAAGGUGGUUUCGAAAGAGAGGCCGUUGAGGAUUAGACCUGGCCAGGCUAUUGUGCUGGAUUUCAUGGACUGGAUCGGUCCGCCGGAGUAUCGCCAUAUGGCGGAUGCUGCGCCGGGUUCUGUAAACGAUGACCGCGUGAGGACGUGGACAGUCUCGAGUGCGCAUGAUGAGGAUGCAGCGUGGUUUGAGCUGACGAUGCGCAAGAUGAAGGGUGGUGUGGUGACGGGUGCUUUAUUUGAUGUUUUGAGGAAUAUCCCACCUAGUAAACAGGGGACUGUCCCAGUGACUGAUACCGUGGUAGCAGACAUUGUCGGCGUUACUGGGGACUUUUGCCUGACUGACGAUGUCAAUGUCCUCUGGGUGGCUGGAGGGAUUGGCAUAACCCCGUUUCUGUCUAUGCUGGCAGCGCUGGCUGGACAGGCCCGUAAAGGCGACAUCCAGUUCGCCUUGUCAACGAGAGAACCCGCGAUAAUGCUCGAUUUGAUACGGAAAUUACUGAGGAACAUCCCGACUGUCAAUAUCAAGAUCGAUUUAUUCACGCAUUAUCCACCCCUUGACACUGAGUUCGAUGGAACCCACAUAUCAAUACAUUCAGGCCGGAUUGGACCGGAGUACUGGAAGACUGUCUCUCCAGAUAAAAACGUCUUCAUCUGCGGACCAAAUGAGUUUGGGGAUGCGGCCACCGAGGGCCUGCGGGAUAUUGGUAUACCGAAUGAACGGAUCCAUAGAGAGGGGUUUUAUUAA